UUUGUUUUCAUACUAAAUUCCAGAGUGCACUGUAGCCUGCAGUGUAGCCGAGUUUGCACACUCAGUACAGAUACACUUUUAUCUGUAUUUAGGUGUCAUAAAGCAGUUGAAAAGUACUAAAUUCAUAUCCAGGUUGUCUCAAACAUAUAAAUCUUCUGAUAGUUGAGUGAAGUUUUAAAUUUAAAAAUUUUUGGUGGUGUGUGGUUUGAGGUGUCAGGUUUGCCUUGCACAUGUUUGUCGUGUGCUGUCAUUGAGCUACAGCUCCAGUUUCAACUUUUAAGCUCAAAAUUUUGUUACUGUGUGUAUCUCUGUAUGGGGUCAGAGGACAACUGGUAGGGUUGGUUUUCCUGUUCCACCUUUACAUGGGUUAGCUCCAGGUUCAAGCUUAGGUUGCUAGGUCUCUCAAGCACUUCGCUCAGCUGCCUGCCCCCUUUCCCACCAAGUGUUAAAUUUACAUUAGGGAAAUUGAAGUUGAAUCCUUUUGUUGUGCUAACUUGUGUGCAGGACUGCUCCAAAUAACCAUUUGCUGGCUUUGUGGUCCCUGUACAUUAUCUUCCCAUUAAUGACCAAAGAUUGGCAAGCCGGUUUCUCCCAGGUGCACAUCCAAGACUUAUGACCGUGUCUGAAUUGGAAGUGGUUAAGCCUACAGGAGAAUGUUCUCGUGUCUUCUCUGCAUGUCUGGAGAGCAGAGCAAGCCAUUGAGAAGACUGCUUUGAGUUCCUUGUUUUCACUGUAACCUCUCCUCUGGGCUUUGUGUGUUUGGGCGCAGUUCCUUUGAAUUGGUGUACUGAAUCAUUCUGCUGGCCUGCAGAAUGCCCAAAGGAGAGCAUUUGAAUCCAUAUACAUGAGGUGCCUGCUGCACUUAGCUAUGCAUUUGCCAGAGGCGUGGCUAAUUCCCCUGGGUUGCUCUUCAGCUGGUCUGGUUGUGACAUACAGAUGAGGCAGUGGAAUUUAGAAUCCGGAACAGGGGUGGGUACUGGUCUUUACAGUUAACACAACAGGAUAGCCACACCAUAUGUGGCUCAAGUUUCCUUUUGAACCAGUAAGACAAGCUGAGUCAGUUAUAUGCCAGACUGUUCACAUAAAAUGCUACAUAGCCAAGGCUUUUGUCAGUAGGCCGCAGGCAGAUCUUCCACCAGGUCACUAAUUACAAAGAAACUGAUGGCUCAGUGACCUUUGAGGGUGAUUUCUGCAUGUGCACUCCAUCUUUCCCCGAGGCUUCUCUGUAGGUAAGAGCUUCUGGCCCACUUGCGAAGACACUUGCCAGGGUGCUGAGUCUUUACAGCUGAGUGUCCCUCUCCCUCGAGAUGGACAGUAUCACCUAGCAGUAUGCUUGCCCAGACAACAUGAACCAGGUCAAAAGCAACCGAGAACUGUACCUGCAAUACUCAGCCUCGGCCCCCAAACUGCUGGCGCACGUCUCCAAACUCCUCAUUUUUUGCCGCAACUCGGGCAUUUCCAUCCCAAAGGGCAUUAGGAAUAUUUUUGAGUUCACCUGGGAGGAGCUCAUCAACGACCCUGCGGUGCCCACUGCCUCCGAGAUCCAGGAUCUGGUGGUCACUUUUGGGACUCCUACGGUGGUGCUUGCAGAAGUGAUCCCAGUGCAGGUCUUCCCCAUGCAGAAGAAGCAACCCCCGCCAGCCCCAGCACCUCCACUAAUGCCCACAGCCACCAGUGGGGGCAAGUACGUCACCCCCACCCCCACCUCUGCUAAGCUGAUGCCCAGUUGCCAAAACACCCUGCAUAAGUUCCAGCGGCAAUCCAUCCACCUGUUGACAGAGCUGCUUUCCCUGAAGAUGAAGGCCAUGGUGGAGUCUGCCUCUGCAGGUGCCAAUCCUUUGGACAUCACCAAGCGCUUUGUGGAGGCCAGCCAGCUCCUCCAUCUCAACGCAAAGGAGAUGGCCUUUGACUGCCUGACUGGCACUGUUGGGAAAAGCUGCUUAAGUACAGCACAGCUGGGGAAAGAAUCCUCCAUGAACAUUUCUGCUAUGGGAGUGAACACACCUUACCAGCUGGUCUACCAGACUUCUACAGCCUGCCUGAGCUUCUCCCUCUGCACGGGAAAGGAUAGCAGGAAGAAAGAUAUUGGAGCAAAGGCAAAGCCCGUGGAUGAUGUCUCGCCUCAGCCCGUCCGAGCCCGGACCCCUCCUGAAAACACUGUUGUUGAGUUGCCUGACCCCUGCCCCGAGGCCCGGGAAAAGCUGCAGGAUAUGUGUCGCCACAUAGAGGCCGAAAGGAUCUUAUGGAGAGGGAGGAAUGCCUCCUGCCCCAUGAUUUUUCGAAACUACAGGUCAAGGAUAUCCUCUCAUUUAAUGUUGGCCUCCAAGGGGGACUCUCACCAUCCUCUCACUACGGGGACUCAGAUUACUGCUUCCGCCCCUCACCAGCCUUCCAGCCAGCAUGCUCAAAUGGGCCGCCAUUCUCAAGAGUGGAAGGGGCCCAAGAAGCCCAUCAAGCUGCAUUACACGUUCUAUGACGGCUCCUCCUUCAUUUACUAUCCCUCGGGAAAUAUUGCCUUACUUCAGAUUCCCACGUGCUGCAGAGGGAAACCCAUCACCUGCCUCUUUAAUGACAUGCCCAAUACCUUCCUGGCUCUGUUCAAUGCUGAAGGCCUGGGGUGUGUUUACUACAACCUGAAGAACUGCUGUCCAUAUGUUUUGGUUUUGGAUGAAGAAGGUGGGAUCACAAAUGACCAAAAGGGCUACAUAGUCCACAAGUGGAGCUGGGCCAGCAAGACUGAGACAUUGCUCUCUCUGGAAUACAAGGUGAAUGAACAAAUGAAGCUCACAGUCUUGGGGCAGGACUCCAUCACCGUCACCUUCACCUCCAUGAAUGAGACGGUAACAAUCAGUGUGUCACCCAAAAGCUGUCCCCAUAACGUGCUGCAUGACAAACGGCCAGUUCGCAGGAUCAGCCUCAUGGAUGAAAAGGUGUCAAAGACAAACAGAGCCCUGGCUGAGAUCAAGAAGCGGUUUCAGAAGACUGUGACUCAGUUUAUGAACUCUGUGUUGCUGGCAGCAGGUCUGUUCACCUUAGAAUAUCCCAACCCAAAAGAAACAGAAGCUAGUCGGGUCAAGUUGAAACCCGGGUCUACUCAGGAUCGGAUCCGUAAGACAAGUUUAUACCAAGGAGAAAACCAUAUGCGAAUCCAGUCAGCCCGACAGGACUCCAUAAUUAACGAGACACUGAAGGAGGAUUCUAUACCCACAUCCUUGGCCCAUGUUCAAAAGAAGAACAGCAAAGUCCAGGUCAAAGUCUUUCCAAGAGGGAAGCGCAGAGAGGUGCGCAGCCCCACCAGGUGGGCAGCCUCACCCUCUGACUGCCCACUGGUGCUGCGGAGGCUCAUUCGCAAGGAAGACAUCCGGGCUGGCUGCAAAUGUAUCGUGAAGGCACCCCUGGUGUCCGACUUGGAGCUGGAGCGUUUCCUGUCUGCACCUCGGAACCCCAACCAAGUGCUGGUAUUUGGAAUAAUGUCUAGCCAGGAUCCCACACUCACCGCACAGCUGCAGUGGCUCAUGGAUACACUGUAUAGCCAUCUGCAGCAGGGCCGGUCUUCACCCUGCACCCAGUGCCGACAUGACCCUUACCGCCUGCUGCGGUAUGACCUGGACAGCCCGCUGCAGAAGGAUCCUCCCCUAAUGGUGAAGAAGUUUGCGGUGAUACACGGGAUGGUUUUGAUGUUUGCUGGGGGCAAGCUCCUAUUUGGGGGCUGUGUGCUAAAUGGCUACGGCUUCAGCAAGCAGAAUCUGCUGAAACAGAUCUUCCGGGCUCAACAGGAUUGCAAGAUGGGCUACUUCCUGCCGGACAACUACAAAUUCAAGCAUGACGCUUUUAAAGCAUCCAGAAUAGCCAAACCGUAUGGCUUAAGCAGCAGAGGUGUGCCAUCUCAGUUCUUGGGACUGGAGACUGAACCCAGCAUGUCAACCUAUGUCACAAACCUGGAUGAUACUGAGUCAACUAAAAAGCCCCCAUCUGAUGAUUAUGAAGGCAGUGUCUCUUCAGUGGCGCUUGUGGACAAAGUAGAAAAAGAACCACCUCCCUCCCCUGAGAAGGUCAAACCGCCUGAAAUAGAACUGCAGCCUUUCACCAAAACGAGGAGGAGCAGUAAGAGGACUGCUGGCUUUAAGAAGUCAAACUCUAAGAAGUGACACUGGGUAGCCAGCAAUGCCUUCCCCACACCCAGCCCCACCUCCUGGUCUCCCACCCCCCUUUAAUAAAUGCAUGUGC